AUGGCCAAAUACUUUAAUUCAAAAUUAUUAGUAAUAAAAAAUACUCUGACUAAUACGACCACUCACCUAACUUUGAAACAAUCACCUAUCCGGGCAUUUACUCCUAAUUCACUGCACGAUCUAUUAUGUUGUAAAGAGAGUAGUAGCUACCCAUCUCCAUACAAUCGUAAUUUAAAAUCCCCAAACUCAAACUUAUUAACAACACCUUUGAAGCAAAAUAAAUCUAUCUAUAAACAACAUUCUGUCGUGGUUAAAACGACGACGCCUCCAGAUUUAAGUUUUUCCUCCGAGAAUUCCAUUACACCUAUCUCGUCUCCUAAUCAUCAACUUUUUGAAUCCGAUCAUGAUAGGCAUAUCUCUCCCGUGUUUUCUCAAACGAGAGUAUCAACACAAUUCACUGAUCCAUUGCUACAUCAACUAUCCCACACAAAAGAUUCUCAAAUAUUGAUAAAAACUUCCAAACACAACCAAGCCCCGAAAGCCUUCAUGAUUAGCAACGAUAAUAAACUGUAUCUUGGCAGAGGGAAUUUUAGCUAUGUUUGCGUAAAGACCAAAAAAAAUUUAACUUACGUUACCAAAAAAAUAAAAUUUACCUCAAAUGUAGCAUUUAAUCACGUAUGCAAAUCGGAAAUGAACGCCUUCCACUUAAAUCAUCAAAAUAUAAUAAAAUUAUAUGGUAUGAAAAUUAAUUAUGAUAUAUCCAACAUACCUAAAAUACUUUACAUAUACAUGGAGUUUGGAGGCACCUUUAAUUUACAAAAUGUAAUUGAUGAUGAAAAGAUAUCCUUUGACAUGAAGGAUAGAAUAUUCAUGAUUAACCAAAUUGCCGAAGGAUUGAAUUACUGUCAUUCUAGUAAUUUCAUUCAUAUGGAUGUAAAGCCGAAAAACAUUAUGGUAUAUAAAAAAUUCGAACUGAAACUAGGAGACUUUGGAUCAUCGGUAUUAAUACCUCGUGCCCGAUUAUUAACAGAAAAUUUUAUCGAGAGUACCAGAAACGUUGCUAACCCGGUAUCAGUAACAUGGCAGUAUUCCGCUCCCGAAUUAUUUAUGGGUUAUUUGCCAACACCAAAGGUUGACGUAUAUUCGAUUGGAGUCAUUAUGUGGCAGUUAUUAACUCGUGUUAUGCCGUAUUUUGGGUAUCUCAAAGAUACAGUUAUUUAUAACUUGGUAAAGAUGGGUAUGAGGCCACUUAUAUCACUCAAAGAUGACUCCAACCCUGAAAAUGAUGUCUAUAUAAAGAUAAUGAAACAGUGCUGGAGUCAAAGACCGUCGAUUAGACCAAAUUGCCAUGAACUUAUUAAUUCAUUAUAUUAA